UCUUCUAUUUUGGUUGAAAUCUGUAAACUGUUAUUGUGGAAAUGAGGCCCCUGUUAUUCUUGUAGCUACUCACGCAGAGGGAAAAUCGGAACAGAAAAGGACGGAAUAUUACCAAGAACUUAUCAAGACGUUUCCUGUGUCUUCGACGAUUAAAACACACUUGUGCAGCGAUAGAUAUUUUACAUUAAGUCUUAAAAAGCAUGAUGCAGCAUGUAUUGAAAGUCUAGAUGAAUUAGAAAGAAGCAUUGUGGAAGUAGUUAUGUCACAAAAACAGUGGGGAGAAGAGAUACCCCUGGAUUGGGCCAUAUUUGAAAAAUUCAUUUCAGAGAAAAAAGAAACAAAGCUUCAGAAACUGGACAAAUUAAAGAAAUCAUUUGAUGAAUUGCUUCCUUUAAGCAGACAGGAAUUCAAAGAUUUAUUACGCUUUUAUCAUGAUAUUGGUGUGAUUCUAUAUUUUUCAUCAGAAGAACCAAUAAAAAAUGAUGACCGUCAGUUUCAGUUUGGUACUGAAAUAGUUAUCCUGGAUAUUCAGUGGUUUGUCAAUUCAUUCAAAUAUGUUAUAACUGAUUCAAAGCAAGCCAGUUUCAAUAAAGUAAUUGAUGCAGCCCCCACUAGAGAGGCGCUUGAUACAUUUACAACUACAGGAGAAAUAUCCGGGGCAUUCUUACGAGCAAUCUGGACAGUUACAAAAAAUCAAACAGCAGUUGAAUACAAGGAUGAUAUGAUGAAAUACAUGGAACGAUUGGGUCUCAUGGCGAUAGAAGAAAAGUCAGAUAUAUGUUUUAUUCCAAGUAUGAAUAGAAUGAAAGUCCCAAAGGAUGUUAAAUCAAAGAUUCAUUCCCGUCUUAAAAAAUCACCAACUCUGUACUUCAGAUUCCCUGUUUUACCUGUAUUUCUCUUCUACAGACUGAUUGUGUGUUGUUUAAAGUCGCAGUGGGAACCUUUGAUGGACGGAAGAAAAUGUAUCUAUAUUGACACUGCUAUGUUUUAUUAUCAAAAACACGUUUUAGUUUUAGGAGUCAGUGAGAGUUAUAUACAGUUGAUGCUGUAUAAUGAUGAUGAUCAGACGCAAGAAGAAUUAAUACAGAGGACCUUUGGUGAUGUUAAAAGAAAAGUAAUGAAAAUGUUGUAUUCUUUAACAAAAACAUUUAACAUCGACCUUCAUUAUGAAGUUGGAUAUAGCUGUACACCUACAGAAUUUGGAAAAGAGCUAGAAAACACUUUUUUGAUAGAGAAGGAUUUAUUUGAUUACAACGGGAAACAAUGCCCCCUCCACGCACACACAAAAGAUCAUGGUGUUGGAGCUUUACGCAGAUUCGCGAAAAUGAUCCCCUUAACAUUAUAUGGAGAAUCUGACGAGGAAUAUGAAUGGCACGCAGUAUCCUUUUGAAGGUCGCAAUUUUAGAGGCGAUGGGUACAAAAAUUAUAAUUGAUCUGAAAACCCUGACAAGGGAAAUGAGAAAUGUUCAAAUUCUCAAACUCGAACAUCCUAUUUUGGAAGGACAUAACUUUCUGUACAACCGCAUAUUGUUUAUACAAUAUCAAGCUAUAAUACUUUGCUACAAAAAAUGGGUAAACUAGCCUUUAAUGUUCAUAUGAGAUAGCAAAAGGUUAUUAUUUUAAAAAAAAGUUUUGGUGCAUCCCCCGAUGCUGGGUGCCUACUAUGUGCUACAUUUAUUUUGUAAUUAGCAUAGAAAUGAUAUGACAAAUGUACAUAUAUGCAUUGAUGAAUAUGCCACAACUUUUAUCUUUUGAGCAAUAUGGACUUUUUUAUCUAUUUAAUUCUAUAAUGCUAAUAAAUUUUGUAAAUAAUAUGUAAAAAUAUUUGUUUUCUAAUAUGAAUAAAAUUGUGGAUGUAAAAAUUGCAAAAUAUGUAAGCAUAUAACUGUCAAUGAAAGUCAAAAUUAAAACAGGAAUAUAAUAUGUAAAAUUGUGUGCUAUAUUCUCGACAGCAGAAAUUUUAAAAAGAGAAUUUUUCCAAAAAAUAUAUAUAUAUGGAACAUUUAUCUAAAAAGAAAAUAAUGAGAAUACGUAGCCAUUAUCCUUUUUUUCCAUGCAUUUUAAAACACCAGCUUAAUCGAUUCAUGCUGACGGAUUAUUAUUUUUUAAUUACAAUUGAGGUCUAGAUUUAACUUGAAAAUAAAAAGUAUAAAUAUUUAAUGUUCGAUUGGAUACGUUGUUCCAUCAUGCACUGCCGACGACAAUAUGUGUACGAUAUUGUACUGCCCCCAGUUUUGUAUUAAAAAAGAAGAAAAAACUGUAUCUGGAAUAAAUAAUCAAAAAGUUAAAUGAAGGUUAAAAUAUUAAUAGUAAGAAUGGAAAAAUACUCGUUUGUUUAUAAGUUCUGCGUUUCCUAUUCAUGUAAUAUAAAUUAAACUCCCAAAGAACAAUCAGCGAUUUUAACCUAUUAAGAUCAACUCUGGCUUAAGGAGCAUUUUUAAUUCAAAGAGUUCAUUAAUCUGUUGUAUACAGCACACGAAUAAAAUCCUUUCAAUAUUCCUAACAAUGUGAAAAGUAGUAUAAAUAUACCCUCACGUGAGUUAUAUACAGGUGCGGACUGUUUACACGUGAAAUUAUAUUUUUUCCAACAUUCUUCAUUUUGGCACUUAUUUGUAACAGCAAUUCACUUUUUGUAUCAAUCUCAUAUGUUUUUGUUAAAAUUUAUUGAUUUGAAAUGCAUAUGCUAUAUUUUGCAAAAGAAUAUUUGUAUA